AUGGUUGAAACCAAAUUGAACAUUGCCUUUUGCUCGGUGCCCAUGGUGGGACACCUCAAUCCUCUGCUACCAUACGCUGCUGAACUGAUAAAGCGGGGCCACUCUGUCACCGUCUUUCAUGAAGCCCACCCGAAAUACCGUCAAAAGAUUGAAAGCAGUGGCGCAAAAGAAGUGAUAUCCGUGACCUAUGACUGCCAAAACGACGACAAUAAAAGUUGGAGCGGCAUCAUCUUUGACUGCGUCAAGUCUUACUACGAAGGUCAAGCUACCCUGCCAUCCGUCAUGGUUUACGAAUUCUUUGCCGUGGAGGCAGCAGAUGCGGCAGAUGCCUUGGGUGUGCCGAGCAUUGGAGUGUUUCCAAAUCCUCGCUCAGUGAACCGUUGGGCUGCAACAUUGGAGGAUCAGAACACUUUGAAGUGGAAGCUCUGGUGUGCCUUCAUGUGGCAAGUGGAGCCAAUCUUGGCUCGAGUCCUUUGGUGUUUUCGAUCCUGGGGAAGGUUCAAGAGGGGACUUCCAGUUUUGCCGGAGCAGGACUUGUAUCCUAGUCCCUACAUGCCACGUCCCAUGAUUGGCUGUACUACGCCCCUCAUUGAGUUCCCCGACCUGCCCGAAGCUCCACUCUUUCAUAUGGUGGGACCCUCUAUUCCAACGGUUGCUGAUCCAAUAGAACCAGACCUGAACUCCUGGCUGGAAGCUCAAAAGGACAAACCCAUUGUUUACGUUGCUUUUGGGACCAUGUACAAGUACAACGAGGAAACCAUUCAAAAGCUUGAGGCUGACUUUUUGGCGCUUGGAAACUCUGUUUCAGUUCUAUGGAGUCUGCCAAAGCAGCAUCAAUCUUCGUUGAUCACUCAGCCGCCUCCACAGAAUUGGAGAGUGGAAUCCUUCUUUCCCCAAGUGUCCCUGUUCAAGACUGGAAAGAUUGGUGUAUUCGUCACUCACUGUGGCUCGAAUUCAGUCUAUGAAGCCCUUGUUUCAGGCGUUCCCAUGGUGUGCUACCCUCAAUUUGCGGACCAACCAGCCAAUGCUACGCGGCUGGUGAGGGCGGGAGUAGGUCUCAUUGCACGAAAAGGAAUGCUUGGGGAUGCAUUGAAGAAUAUGCUUGGGAAGCUUGAUGUUUUCGCGAAAGCUAGCAAAGAUCUUGCAGCAGCCUUGAAUUCCAACAAUGCGGCACAACAAGCAGCUGACUUAAUCGAGCAAGUCGCCAGUGGUGAGCACUUAGUCAACAAGAACAGACGCCUCCCAUUGCUGCCCCUAUUCUUGGCGGGUGCAGCGGUGCCAAUUGCCAUCGUUGCGCUCGCCUGA